AUGGCGACUUUAGAGGCUGUUCUCUCCAACUUGAGUUUGAUUAUGACCCAAAUAGGCAAUGAGCUGUCAGAGAUGAUGAGGAUAGUUCAGGACCAAAUGCAGAGUGGGGGCUAUGAGGUGGACCUGUUUGUGGAGCCGCCAGACUAUGACCUGAUCUGCAUCAUCUGCAGGGGGGUGCUGCGCUGCCCCGUCCGCGUGGCCUGCAACCACAUCUUCUGCAAGAAGUGCAUCCUGCAAUGGCUCAAGAGACAGGAAACGUGCCCUUGCUGCAGGAAGACGGUGAAUCAGAACUUCAUGUUUGUGAUGUUCCGACUCAGCAAAGCUAUUGGCCGACUACAGAUCAAGUGUCGCAACAGUGCCCAGGGCUGCGCGGCCACCUUCGCCCUGUCCGAGGAGUACCUCCACAGCUCCACCUGCCCCUUCGAGACGGUCCUGUGCCCGCACUCGGGCUGCGGCGAGCGGGUGCUGCGUAGCGGCCUGGAGGCCCACGCCCGGCUCUGCCCGCACUGGAGCCAGCUGUGCCCCAUGGGCUGCGGCACGCAGCUGAGCCGCGCCACCCAGCCGCAGCACAACUGCUACCGCGAGCUGCGCCAGCGCUACGAGGCCCAGCGCUCCCGCCAGAGGGCCAUCGCCGCCGCCCUGCGACGCAAGAUGGCGCGCAUGCAGAACACCAUGGCGCACAUGCGCCGACAGGUGGGCCUGAUCUGUGACAGCCUGGAGGUGUUGGAGGAGGAGCGAGAGGAGGAGCAAGAGCAGGAGGAGGACAGCCCUGGGGAGGGCACCAGCUCCUAUGGUAGUGGUGGUGGCAGCGGGGGUGGCAGCAGCAGAGCCAGCAGCAGCAUGGCUAGCAGAACGGCCACCGCCAGCAGCAGUAGCAGCAGCACUAGCGCUAGCAAUAGCGGUAGCAGCAGCAGCUCCUGA